UGAGAGAAAUGCUGCCGACUCCUCCUACUAGCAUAUCUCCUGUUUUUAGCUCGGUUAGCUUGUCAAUUAUUAUUUUAAAAAAAGAAGAAAAAAAACCCUGUUAGACCACCUCGACGACGCCAAGGAACAUUUGAGGCGGACUUUGAAAAAAAGUGCCUUUAUUUUAGCGUUCUGAUAUUUUGUUUCGGUGAGCAUGCGGAGUAAGCCGCUUUGGGUACUAAGGAGCUACCUGGCGGCCAGCUGUCAUCGCACCUAGCCGCUUAGCUUAGCCGCAUAGGUGCGCUAGCGCCUGUUUCUUCGGGCUAACAGACUUGCUGUUAAGUCGGCAACCGCCGCUGCUUGGCAGUCAAGUGUCUGCGGAAUACAUUUCACCUUUUACAGCUAAAACACUACUAAACAACGUUUGGUCCUGGCUACUGCUUGAGCGACUAUGGCUUAGCCGAGAAACGUUAACCGGUUCGGAUAUUUGCAGACCCAGUAAGUCGGCUAUCAUUUUAGCUGCUGUCAUUCAGUUGUUUUAAACUAGCUAUCUCGUUAGCCGCUAGCUCGUCCGCCAUUGCUGUAAGCUUUUUUAUACAUCACUGGCUUUGCCACUUUUGGAUAACACCUGGUGAGAAUGAAGAAAUUUUUUGACUCACGACGGGAGCUGGUGGGCUCCGGGCCCGGCUCGGUAGCCGGCGGAGGAGGCGCUGGUUGCGGCGGCGGGGGAAGCUUUAUCGGCCGGGUCUAUACCAUUGGAAGACAUCAAGUGACCAUCGAAGAAAUAGUGGCUGAAGGAGGUUUUGCCAUCGUGUUUUUGGUUCGAACUAAUCAGGGUCAACGAUGUGCUCUAAAACGGAUGUAUGUUAACAAUGAGGAUGAUCUACAAAUCUGCAAACUUGAGAUACAGAUUAUGAGGGACCUAGUGGGCAACAAAAACAUAGUUGGCUUCCUGGAUUCCAGCAUAGCUGCAGUCGGUGCUGAUGAUGUGUGGGAAGUCCUCAUCUUAAUGGAUUUCUGUCGUGGUGGACAGGUAGUCAACCUGAUGAACCAGCGAUUACAGACAGGCUUCACAGAGGCAGAAGUGUUACACAUCUUUUGUGACACGUGUAAGGCUGUUGCUCGUCUGCACCAGUGCAAGACUCCAAUUAUUCAUAGAGACCUCAAGGUGGAAAAUAUUCUUCUUCAUGACCAGGGACACUAUGUACUGUGUGACUUUGGGAGUGCCACAAACUGCUUUCAAAAUCCGCAGACCGAGGGUGUGCCUGUCAUUGAGGAGGAAAUAAAAAAGUACACUACUCUGUCUUACCGUGCACCAGAGAUGGUCAACCUCUAUGCUGGGAAGGUUAUAACAACGAAGGCGGAUAUUUGGGCUAUGGGCUGUCUACUCUAUAAACUAUGCUACUUCACCCUUCCUUUUGGGGAGAGCCAAGUUGCUAUCUGUGAUGGCAGUUUUACUAUCCCAGACAACUCACGUUACUCCUAUGACAUGCACUGUCUCAUCAGAUAUAUGCUGGAGCCUGACCCAGACAUGAGGCCAGACAUCUAUCAAGUGUCUUACUUUGCCUUUAAACUGAAUCGGCAAGAGUGUCCAGUUCCAAAUGUACAUAAUGUGUCCAUUCCUGCAAAACUCCCCGAGCCUAUCAAAGCCAGUGAAGCUAUGGCCAAAAAGACUCAAACCAAAGCCAGGCUCACAGACCCCAUUCCUACCACUGAAACCUCAAUAGCCCCUCGACAAAGGCCUAAGGCUGGCCAGACUCAGCCGCAGCCAAUAUCGGGGAUUCUUCCUAUACAAGCAGCUCUGACCCCACGCAAGAGGCCCAAUGUUGCUGCUGGAGCAUCCCAGCCUAUAGUAGGUGUCACUGUUCCAGCUUCAGCGUCAGGUGCUGUCCAACCUGCUCCCAUUAUUCAGCCUCAAGUUACACCGCAGCCUCAGCAACUACUCAUCAAACAUCAGCAGGCGCCUCCCUUCAUGAACCCACAACAUAACCAACCGCAGCGACUUGAGGUCCAUGAAAGCCCAGCUAUCCAUCUGACACCCAUCCCUGAGUGUGCAGUCAUUGGGCCAACUGAUGACCCAGAUGUGACAGCCGGGCGAGGACUUCACAAAUUCGGCUCCCGAACACCCCCCUCGUCACCGAAGAUGGCAUCUAAGAGUGGCCAUCGACGCAUCCUUAGUGACGUCACUCACAGUGCCAUCUUUGGGGUCCCAGUGAGCAAGUCCACCCAGCUACUUCAAGCAGCCGCAGCUGAGGCCAGCCUCAACAAGUCCAAAUCAGCCAGCACUACUCCUUCUGGUUCACCAUGCUCAUCUCAGCAGACUGUAUAUCACCCGGCUGACAAUGUCACCCAAACUGCCCCUAUAACUACUAAUGCUCAGCCCAGCUGGAACCCCUUCGGUGACGAUAACUUCUCCAAGCUAACAGCCGAGGAGCUGCUUAACAAAGACUUCGCAAAGUUAGCUGAAACUGCAGGACCAGAGGAGAAGGCAAUGGAUGAAAAUCGCAUUCACGGAUUCAAUUCAUUUACAGACAACCUGAUUGAGGGACUGAAUUCUCCUGAAACUUCUCUUCUGCUCCCCGACCUCCUAACCCUGGCAGAGCCCCUGAGCACAAAAACUGCAAAGACCGAGAUGUCUGUGGAUUCACUCAUUCCUGGGUUGGACGCUCCCCAAGCCCAGCAGCAAUCAGGCCAGCCAGAACUCAUCUGUGCCAGCAUGCCAGACUCUUCUUUCCUCAUGUCGCAUGGAGAGAAAGCCAAUAACGACGAGUUUGACCCUAUUCCCGUACUCGUCACCAAAAACUCAAAUCAAGAUGCUCAAGUGGAGAGGAACGGCUACUCCGUGCUUGGCCUGGACCACGACACUGAGAUUCCGGCGAACGAGGCAUGUAGUCACUCCAGUGAAGAAGACCAGGAAAAAGAGAGCUGCAAAGAAGAGCAGCCGAAUUUCAUGGAUUCGGCAGAGGGUCCUAUUUUGGCCCACGACUGCAGUGGCUCCAGACCGCUGCUCCUUGACUCCGAGGAAGAGGAGGAACACGGAGGCGAGCCCUGCCUCCUCUUAUCACAAGUGUCCAACGUGGCAAUUUCUCAACCAGCUUCUGCACAGAAUCAUUCCCAGCCAGACGCCCAGCCAGCCAAGGGUACCCCGGACGUCUUCUCCAAAGCUCCUUUCCGCCCCACGCAUCAAGAAGCAGGCGACGUGUUCGCCGAGGCGCCGUUCCCACGCGGCCCGCUCUCCGCCCAGCUGGACGUGUUCUCCCAGGCUCCCUUUGCGAGAAAAAAGGAGGCCCUAGCCGAGCAAGGUGCACUGGCACAAAUGGCCCCCCAGCCGUUCCGCCCACAAGCCCUCGCCAAAUAUUCCCGACACUUUGAGGGCCAGCAGUACGAGACGACAGGCUUUAACGCGAGCAAUCAGGCUGCAGUACGCGCCGCAGACCCUUUUGUCAGUGCACCCUUUCACCUUAAAGCGCCGCAAGAUAAGCCCUGACAACAACGCUGCAGCUGGACUGCGAGCCUGCACCAAACUCCUCCAUUCUAGUAUGCAACACCUUUACCUUGGAAAGAAGCGCUUCAAAGUUUCUCUGGUGGUGCCACGCAAUUCUUGCAUUGCCUGAAGCGAGCAAAGAAAGGUAACGUGCAUGCCAGCAGCGCAAACCCACACUAGUGUUUUUGUGCCUAAACCUCAGCAGACCUUAAGCAUAUAGUGCUGAAUCAUCAUAUCAAAUGUGUUGUCACAAGGACUGGGUGGACUUCAGUGGUUUACACUUACAGUGAGUACACACCUUUCAUUUAGGAUUAUUCAACUACGCCUCAGAAAACCAAAAUAAAACUUUUCAUGACCUGCUUUUUUUUUUUCUUGCUUUUUUUGGGGGGUAUCCAAUCCCACUUUAACAAUUCCAGCAUUUAGGUCAGUUUAGGCUACUUUUUGUUGUACUGGUCAUGUUUUGAAUUAGUAACUCCAGUCGGUACGGAAUUCUCCAACAAGACCAACGUGGUGGUCAAGCAUUUAAUUGUUUUCUUACCUACCUCACUUUUGUCAUUUGUCCCAGUUUAAACAUAAACAGAUGGUGUUUGGCUAUGUAUCGAUAAGUUUGUGUUUCUCUGUUUUCAGUCAAUGACCAGUCUUGGCUGAAAAUAGAACAUACGUACAUUACAGGCCAAAAGUUUGGACACACGUUCCCAUUUCAAUGUGUUUUUUUCUGUGGUUUUUUUCAAGACUAUUCACCUUGUGGAUUGUCACUGACGGCAUCAAAACUAUGACACCUGUGAAGUGAAAUCCAUUUCAGAUGACUAUCUAUUGAAGCUCAUUGAGAGAAUGCCAAGAGUGUCCAAAACAGUAAUCAGAGCAAAGGGUGGCUAUUUUGAAAAAAAUGGAAUAUAAAACAUGUUUUCAGUUAUCUCACCUUUUUUUGUAAAGUACAUAACUCCAAAUGUGUUCAUUCAUAGUUUUGAGGCCUUCAGUGACAACCGACAAUGUAAAUAUUCAGUAAAAUAAAGAAAAAAAAUUGAAUGAAACUUUUGGCCUGUAGUGUAUAUAAGGUAUACGUAUGUGUUUGUUUCAUGUGGGGAUGGACCUUUGUGAAAAUGUAUGGAACAGACUGCAUAAUGUAAUCACGAGUGCUGUCAAAUGUUAAAUUUUUUUAAAUCAGAUUAAUCACACUUUUGAAUUUGAAUGAACUAUUAAUAAUCAGAACAAAUUACUUACUUACAUAAUUUAAAUUAAUCAGGGAAAAAAACACCCUAAUAUGCUAUUUUAUGGUCAGGAUGUCAUACGCAAAAAUGUUUAAAUAAAACAUUUUUUUAAUCUUUGUGUAUGACAAAAAAAAUAAAAUAGGGUUUAUUUUUAAGGGGAAUUUGCCUGCGACCACACCGGUUAGUCUCCACACCUGAUCACUGACCGUGUAACAAUCCACGGUUAAAGUAAAGGAGCAUGUACUCACAAAAUAAAUUGGAUGAUUAAUCUUCGUAUAGACACAAUUAAUGCGCUAUUUUUUUAUUAUUCAUCACAUGAGCUAACUCUAUUUUUGACUGCCCCAGUGUUAACGCAUACUGGACACUAUUCUUUAUCUUCUCAUAUGUAAACCCAUGUCAUUAGUAACACAUUCCUCCAAAAAAAAGUACAAAGUGUGAUUCAUCUGCAAAUGUACACAACAAAUGCAAUGUGUUUUGCGAUUAAUCACAUAAGUUAACUCGUUAUUUUUGACAGCCCAAGCAAUCACGCUUACUGGACACUAUUCUUUCUCUUCUCUUACAUUAACCCAUGUCGGUAAAAUAUUUCUCCCAAAAAUUAAAACUGUGUGAUUAAUUUGCAACUGUACACAAUUAAUGCGAUAAUCUUUUCCGAUUAAUCACGUGAGUUAACUUAUUUUUGACAGCCCUUGUAUUAAUGCAUACUGGAAACUAUUCUUUAUUUUUUCAUAUACAAACUAAUGUCAGUGGUAACAUGUUUCUCAAAAAAGUGUGAUUAAUCUGCAACUACACGAUUGAUGCCGUGUUGUUGUUUGUUUUGUGAAUAAUCACAUGAGUUUACUCGUUUUUUGUUUUUUUUGACAGCUAUAGUAAUCCCGCAUUCCGGACAAUAUUCUUCGUCUCUUACCUAACCAAUGUCAGUUCCUCCAAAAAAGUACAACUGUGUGAUUAAUCUGAAACUAUAAACAAUGAAUGGGAUUUUGUAGUUAAUCACAAGUUAACUCGCUCUUUUUGACAGCCUUAGGAGUAACGCAUACUGGGGUCUAUUUUUUAUCUUCUCAUACAUGUCAUUGGUAACAUGUUCCUCUAAAAAAAUGCAACAAUUGAUUUUAUCAUUUAGCACAAAGUACAACAAAUGCUCGUAUAAUGCUCAACAACUCACAUUCACUUCUUCAAAAGCACGCACUGUAAGCAUUUUUGUAAUAUUCAAGUAUGCACUGACAACCUCUGCAACUAUAAUGCUUUUCAUUUGUCAUAAAUACACACACUUGUUCCGUCUGGGACUGACAUACAGUAGUAAUAAAUAUAGGUGGCCUAUUAAUUGCAUUCCUAUAUUUUACUUUAUAAAGGUUUGGAGCGCUUUCUUAUGUUGUCGUCAACGACAUCCAAACUGGUUAAGUUGAUAAAAAUGUCCAUCCAAUGUCAUGUGAAAAGUUAUCUUUUCAUUUCUACUUGAAUCGCGAUAUCUUAUUUUUAAUGUUCCAUUUUCUCACCUGGUGUGUUUUAAGUGAAUGUUUCUGUAAGAAUCUGUUUUGAAUGUAACAACUGGAAAAAAAAAUAUAUAUAUUUUUCUCCCGUGUUGGAUGGAAUGGUUGAUUCAACUGCUGACUUACUGUUGGAUGAAAAGCACCUCAAAAUACUUCACAGCUUGCCUUUGAUGUAUGUUGUCAAAGUCAUGAAAAAUAUUAAAUGAAUGUAAAAUCA